CAGAUUGCUGGUCAGGACCAUUUCGACAAAAAGGAAAACAGCAGGAUGGACAUGAAGAGAACAGCGCAGUUGAAUUCUCUUGAUCUGUCGGGAAAUAACCUCCAAAGACUUGAGGAUGAUGUGUUUGAAGAUUUAGUCAAUCUCAAAGAGCUGAACAUAAGCAUGAACCCAAUAACAGAAAUUAUGGGAAGACACUUUCAACCUUUAUACCAGCUUGAAGUAUUGUCAAUGCACGACCUUCCAUCACUAUUGCAACUACCCAAUCCUUCCGAGUAUUCUCAUCUGGCGAACCUUCGCAGUUUAAUAAUGUAUAACCUUGCGAAUGCCACCUUGAAAUACAAUAUAACACACAUCCUUCAACAUCUCCCUCCACUGCGAUCACUCUAUAUAGAACUGCGGGAUCCUGUAUUCGACAGCCAAUUGCAUGAUGUUGAUAUGACACAUAUGAGGCAGCUGACAAUUACUGGGAAGAGCAUCACAAAUAUAAGCUCGACAGCAGUUCAUGCGUUGAGAGGAUAUAAAGUGCAUUUGUCACUGAUCAACACUUCCUUGCAAGACUUCCCUAAUUCUCUAUUCACAACACUGGGUGGUGUCUAUUUCCUCACUUUGUCUCUACCAUUCAACGAGAUUCGAAGAAUCCAACCGUUUAAAAACACGGUUCAGCCAUGGAUAAAUCAACAUGGGGAACCCUAUUCGGUGCGACUGCUCUAUGGCCUGGCUGACAGAAUGGAUUCAAUCAUCAACGACCAAUCUGCGCCAUCUCGAGCAAGUUUACUGUGA